UUAUCAUCAGAGUUAAAGACAUUGACUGAAGAAGACGUGAGAACAUAUGCUGACCAACACGAUUUGGUGUUGAUACCUAGUGAUGAAUACAACAAGCUGUCCAAACGUGUUGAUAACCCAACCCAUGAAUAUUUGUCUGAAAAGUCAAGUAAACAAGGCUUAACUGUUUUGCCAAAACUUGCCCAUGUUAGUCUCUUGGAUAGGGCCAAUAAGUCAAUCCAUGAUUUAGCAAAAGAGGAGAAUGCUGUGGUAUUGAAAGAAGAUGAACAUCGUGAAUUGACAUCAAAAGCCCAUGAACCAACAUUGGAACAUGUGACUACAAAGGCUCAGCUACACAAACAUAAAGUUAUUCCAACUGAAGAAUAUGAUGAUCUUUUCAAGAAAGCCAAUACACCAAUUGAAGAAGCUGCUACUGCUAAAGGAUUGGUUUUGAUGUCAAAUGAUGACCACGCUGACAUUCAAUCAAGGUUACAGAGUCCAACAUUGGAUUCUUUACAUUCUCAUCUUCAAUCUCAUCAACAUGUUGCGAUCCCACAAGAUGAUCACAAAUCAUUAGUUGAGAAGGCCAACAAAUCAAUCGAGACACAAGCAAAGGAAAAAAAUCUAGUAUUACUUCCUAAAGAUGAUCAUGAUGAACUUGUUAGAAAGGCUGAACAACCAUCAUUGGAUGAAUUGAAAGAGUUUGCUGCUUCUCAAAGCCAUGUUGUUAUCACCAAUGCUGAUCACGAGGCUCUAGUAACACAUUCAAAGAAAUCAAUAAAGGAGUUGGCUGAGGAGGAAAACCAUGUUGUUCUAUCGAAAGAUGAUCAUGCAGAACUACACAGAAAAGCUAAUUAUCCAACAGUCGAUGAGUUGGUUGCUGCUGCUGGCCACAAAAUAGUCAAAAUUGAUGAGCACGAUGACUUAGUUGAACGUGCAAAUAAGACCAUUGAUGAACAUGCUAAAGAACUAAGUUUGAAUGUUCUUUCAGAAGCAGAGCUUGAUGCUUUAGUUAACCCAUCUGAAGAGGCUUUAUCAAAGAAUGCAAAGAAGCUGGGAUUGGUGGCAAUUACUAAGGCCGAUCAUGAAAAGCUAGUCACUGAAUCCAAAGCACCUACUCUUGAACACAUUACAGAAAAGGCUAAAGUUUUGGGAUAUGACGUUGUUGAUUCUAACGACUACCAAUCACUUGUGAAAAGUAGUGAAUCACCAUCAAAAGAAUUUGUUCGCGCAAAGGCUGCCACACUUGGUUUGAUUGCCGUCCCUGAGGUUGACUACUCAAACUUGAAAGAAGAGGCUGCCAAACUAAAGAAAGACUUUGCUGAUAAGAGUCUGUUGGUUGAAAAAGUUUCAUCUGAUGGGUCUGUUGUUUUGAAAAAAGAGGAUUAUGACACGCUUGUUAACAAGGCUAAUACGUCUAUUGAAGAUUUGGCUAGCUCCGAAGGAAAAGUCGUUCUUACUAAAGAAGAUUAUGAUGUGUUGUUGGAACCUUCAAAAGAUAGUGUUAUUGACCAUGCUGCAAAACAUGACUUGGUUGCAAUUCCAAAAGAUGCUCACCAUACCUUAUUACGCAACCAUGAAUCUCCAUCUCUUGACCAUUUGUCAUCGAAAGCGUCUGUUCAUGGGCAUGUUGUUGUUCCAAAAGACCAUUAUGAUGAAAUCAAAGGAUUAGUUGAGUCUCCAAGCUCUUCCUUCUUGUCAGAAAAAGCACGUGAUAUAAACUCAAUCUUGAUUCCAGUUGAUGUUCACGAAGCGUUGAAGGUCAAGGCUAAUAGAACAAUUGAUGAUCUAGCUAAGCAAGACAAUAAGGUUGUUAUUGAUGAACACGAUUACGAGAGUCUACAAAAUCCAUCUAUUGAAAAAAUCAAAGAUCACGCUGAUCGUGCUGGUUUGGUUGCUACAGCUAAAGAUGAUCACGAGGAAACUCAAAAGACUCUGAAUGAACCACCCUUGACAUUCUUGCAAGACAAAGCUAAAUCUCAUUUUCAUGUUUUAGUUCACCAGGAUAACUUGAAAGACCUUGAAGACCAUAAAGAGAAUCCAUCAACUGAUUUCUUAUCCACGAAAGCUGCUUCCCAAGGCAUGGUCGUUGUUUCUAAAGCAGAAUUUGAUAGAUUGAAAGAAUUUUCACAAAAAUCUGUUGAGACUAUUGCUUCUGAAAAGAAUCUCGUUGUUCUUCCAAGUGAUGAAUUUAAGGCACUUGAAAAUCCUUCAAUAGAAAUCUUAAACACAAAAGCUACUGAUGCAGGUAUGGUGCUAAUAAAAGCGAAAGACUACGAGCAAUUAGUGCACCCAUCCAAAGAUGACUUGACUAAAUCUGCUGCUGAGAAAGACUUGACAAUACUGUCUAACAAAUCUUUUGAAGACCUGAAAUUAAAAUCAGAGAAAACUAUUGAGUCAUUAGCUGAGGAAUCUGGCAAGAUAGUGCUUACAUCUGAAGAGCAUAAAAAGCUGGAACACCCAUCUAAAGAGAGGAUUGUGUCGUUAGCUAGUGAGAUGACAAUGGUUGCAUUGCCACAAGAGGACUAUCAAAAAUUGAUUCACCCAUCUGCUGAGUUUUUGAAAGAGCACUCUGAUAAUCUUGGUCUGGUACUGGUUCCAAAAGAGGAACUUCUGGCCAUUAAGGAGAAGUCUUCAAAAACUAUUGAGGAUCUUGCAAAAGAGUCAAAUUCUGUUGUUUUAACGAAAGAUCAACAUUCUGCCUUGAAAAAUCCUUCUCAAGAGUCCAUUGUGGAACAUGCUGCUAAAUUUGGUCUUAUCACACUUUCUACAGACAACCAUUCAACACUGUUACAUCCAUCAAAAGAAGUUCUUUCAGUCCAUGCUGAUCGUGAGGGUCUCAAACUGGUUCCAAUUGAAGAGUUCAAAACUCUUGCUAACCCUACCAAAGAUAUAAUCAAGGAAAAAGCUCUUGAAAAUGGUCUUGUCGCUAUUGAAAAAUCAGAGUAUGAUGACCUGCAUUCAUCAGCCCAUUCUCCUACAGCUGACCAUAUCACACAGAAAGCUGCUGCAAUUGGCUACACUGUCAUUUCAUCUUCAGAGCAUGAACAUUUAUCACGUUCAGUUUCAAACCCAACAAGAGAGUUCAUAGAAUCCGGUGCUACUAAACAUCACAAUAUGUCUAAACCAGAUUUGGAAGCUAAAGCUGAAAAGAUCAAUCAUGUUGUUAUUCCAAAAGAGGAAUACGAAGAGUAUGUGCGUGUUGAUCAAGAAAGAAGCUUGGAUGAACCAUCAACUCCUGUUAGUAAAGUAGCUGCCAAUAAGGACUACUUUGAAAAUAUCCACAAGAGUGCUGAAAAAGAAUCACAAAAGGAAGAAAUUGAUAUUUUGAGAAACAAAGCAGCCGAUAGAAAUAAAGAGGAGCUUGACAAACCAAAGGCACAACCUCCUGUAUUGUCCAGAGAAGAAAUUGAAGCUGGUGCCAGAGUUCAUGGUCUGCUGGCAAUUCCAGAAAAUUCAUUUAUUGCCACCAAUAUCUCAAGAAUUCCAGAUGUUAACAAUGUCGUUGUUUUACCUGUUACUUAUUAUAACAAAUUGACUAAAUCUGAACAAUUGAACUUGGAUAAGAUAUCUAAUGAUGAAUUGCAAGCUCAAGCAAGAAAAAGAGGUUUCCACGUCACGUAUGGUGAAGUUGAUUUCAACAGGGAUAUUCCACCAUUAACUAGAAAAAACACAAUCACUUCGUUGACUAGCUCUAAUUCGAGAAGAAACCUCGCCGAGGCCGCUGCUUCUGCUGCUUACCAAGAAUAUGAGAAUCAGCCAAAAACCAUGUCACGCUCAAGCUCAAGAGCUCGCUCAAUUUCUAGAUCAGGCUCUGCUGCUAACAUUCAUCAACGUGAUGUUUCAAUUGAUGGUGGUAUUUCAUUGAUGACAGAUGCUUCAUUGUCUGAACCUAAUAUUAUUCCAGCAUUGACUCAAACAGUUAUUGGUGAAUAUCUAUACAAAUAUUACCGUCGUUUAGGUCCUUUGAGCUCAAUAUCAGAAAGCAGACAUGAAAGAUACUUCUGGAUUCAUCCAUACACUUUGACAUUAUAUUGGUCAUCAACCAAUCCUGUUUUAGGUAACCCAUCUACACACAAAACCCGUGCUGCUGCUAUUAUUGGUGUUGAAAGUGUUGAUGAUAAUAACCCACUUCCUGCUGGUCUAUAUCAUAAGAGUAUCAUUGUUCACUCUCAAACACGUUCUAUCAAGAUCACUUGUCCAACAAGACAACGUCAUAACAUCUGGUACAAUUCAUUGCGUUACUUGAUCCAAAGAAGUAUGGACGGUAUCAACCUCGAAGAGGAUUUGGACCUG